GAACAGCAGAAAGCAGAGAGGAGGGUGAAGUGUGUCUUUUCAGUUUCACUCUCUUUUCUUUCUCCUCAAUUCGCUUUCCAACCGAACGAAUCACGCCAUCCAUGUCAGUCUCCGAUCUCCGAUGCCCGCCGCGCCUCCAUCUCCUCGACGCUAAGUUCUCCAGGUGCAGCAUUUUGCGGACGUUUUCGUGCUAGAUUCAACUUCGAGCACCUUUGUUUGUUUGUCCAUUGAUAAGUUGGGGUUGUCUUUUAGCAUAUUUGGUGAAUUAAUUAAGAUGGGGUCAAGAUUCCCUUCUCAUCAAUUAAGUAAUGGUUUGUACGUAUCGGGCCGACCUGAGCAGCCUAAGGAGAAAACUCCGACAAUGAGUUCAGUCGCUGUUCCUUAUACUGGUGGCGAUAUCAAGAAGUCUGGAGAACUCGGUAAAAUGUUCGAUAUUCAUGCAGAUAGCUCAAGAUCUCGGAAAUCGGGUCCGAUAAGCAAUGCCCCAACCCGGUCGGGUUCUUUUGGCGGUGCGACAUCUCACUCAGGCCAAUUAAAUACCGGGAGCCGUGUCUCGGGUUCAGCUGGCGGUGUCUCUGGUUCAGCUUCGAUGAAGAAGACGAACUCCGGCCCUCUUAAUAAACAUGGCGAACCACUGAAAAAGUCUUCCGGUCCUCAGGGAAGCGGCACUGCUGUAUCGCGCCAGAAUUCUGGCCCUAUUCCUCCCGUUCUCCCGACUACCGGCCUGAUUACAUCCGGACCUAUUACAUCUGGACCGUUGAAUUCGUCCGGGGCUCCUCGGAAGGCAUCUGGGCCGUUGGAAUCGAUGGGUUCGAUGAAAACGCACAAUGCUUCUAUUGUUAAUAACCAGGCUGUUACUCACCUUAGCCAGAAUGACGAAUACUCGUUCCGCAAGAGUUUCCCUAAGGCAAUUCUCUGGGCCAUUAUCCUUCUGUUCGUCAUGGGAUUUAUUGCCGGCGGUUUCAUUCUUGGAGCUGUUCGAAACCCUAUUCUGCUGAUUGUCGUUGUUAUACUCUUUGCUGCUGUCGCUACUGCUUUUGUUUGGAAUACUUGCUGGGGAAGAAGAGCUAUUACUGGCUUUAUAUCUAGUUAUCAAGACGCCGAAUUACGAUAUGCGAAAGAUGGCCAAUUCGUCAAAGUUUCGGGGGUUGUCACCUGCGGAAAUGUACCUCUCGAAUCUUCUUACCAAAAAGUUCCUCGGUGUGUUUAUACCUCCACAAGUUUGUACGAGUACCGGGGAUGGGAUUCAAAAGCCGCAAACCCUACUCACCGCCGCUUUACUUGGGGCCUUCGCACUGUCGAGAGGCACGUCGUCGACUUCUACAUUUCUGAUUUCCAGUCGGGGCUAAGGGCGCUCGUCAAGACCGGGUACGGCGCAAAGGUGACUCCUUACGUCGACGAAUCCGUCGUCGUCGACGUCAAUCCGUCGAACAAGGACAUGGCCCCCGAGUUCAUCCGAUGGCUCGGGGAACGCAACCUCUCGAGCGACGACCGCAUAAUGCGCCUCAAAGAAGGGUACAUCAAAGAAGGCAGCACCGUUAGCGUCAUGGGUGUCGUGCAGCGCAAUGAAAACGUCCUCAUGAUCGUCCCGCCGACCGAGCCGUUCUCGACCGGGUGCCAGUGGUCGAAAUGUAUACUCCCCGCAAGCCUCGAGGGCAUCGUUUUACGAUGCGAAGAUACCUCGAAGGCCGACGUCAUACCUGUUUAGGUCGAUAGCCCGGCCCGGCCCGGCUGGAGAUCGAUCGAUUCUGGUGAAGGAAAAAGACUACAAUGUGUAUAGUUUUGGGGUGUGAAUUAUUUUAUGAGUGUUGUUUGGUUAAGGUGAAAAUGAAGAUAUAUAUACUAUCUCUUAUUUUAUUUUAUUUUUUUUAUUUUUAUUAUUUUAUUUUUGGGUUUUGUUUUUAGAUGUGUAAUUUUUUAUUUUAUUUUUGGUUUUUUAGUUUCUUGUGGGAGAGAAUUGAAAGUGUUGAAGAUUUUUGCCCUUUGGGGAAUCAAUGCUUUAAAAUGGUUUGAGAUUUGUGUAUGUGGUAUGUAUGUAUGUAUGUAUGUAUUCUUUGUGGGAUUUCUUAUCUAUUGUGAAUACUCUUUUUCUUCUUUUCUUUAUAUAUAUAUAUUUUUUCUCGUUA